AUGACACUAAGCGACGACUUUAGCACAAAUCGCCACGUCGUAGGCUUUGAAAGACCUCUUGAAAUCGUACUUCCCCCACGUCGGCACCCCGAUCUCUGCUUCGACGACGGAAACAUCGCUGUGCUUUCUGGGAGCUACUACUUCAUCAUUCAUCAAGGCCUCGUCUGUCGACACUCUGCCCCUCUGGCAACAGCGAUCAAGGAGCUCAAUUGGAUGGUCCCGUCGCUGAAGAGUUCUUCUUGCUUCAUAAGGUCUACCUUGACUUACAAGAUUAAGGACUUUGAGACCACUUCGGCGAUUCUACGGCUGUCGACAAAAUACGAAGUCGACCACCUCCGCAACGACAUCAUCCGUAUCAUGUCUCCAGUAUGGCCUAGGACCCUCGGGCAUUGGGAGUUUAGAGAAGCUGAAGCUACGAAUCAAGCUGGUUUUUACGAACCGCGUUCGAUAUACCCUCAUCCAUUACUGGUCAUUAACCUUGCACGAGAGGCAAAGGCACCCGAGCUUCUCCCGUCAGCUUACUACGACCUCUCCCGCUGUUCUCCAAGCGACAUCGUUAUGGGACACCCCGCCUCGCCCACCGACGCCGAGCGCCAAUUUCUCCACGACGAUGACGUGAUGAACGUUUUUCGCGGUAAAGAACACGUCGCGCGCUUUUUGUCCAGCUUCAUCGUAAGCCACCUCGAGGGCCGAGGAUCUUCUGUGAGCUGCAUUUAUCGAACCGAUCGACUCGAGAACAGUGUGGAAAUGAUGUCUCAACGUACUUGUCGAGCGUCUUUCGAGGCUAUCACUUUUGAGAUGGUACGUGACGUCAAUGGCGUGGUUUUACAUCGGACGACGGACCCGCUUUUCGCGAUGAUGGAUGCGGACCUGAUGCAGACGAGGAACGGUCCUCACGGAAGAAUCAAUGUUGCCUUUCGUGCUUGUGAACCGUGUCGGUUGGAGUUCUCUGCUGCUGUGGAUGCUGCUAGGGAAGAGCUGUGGCUAAAUUUGCCUGAUUGGUUUAGCGUCGAGCUGGAGUCUUGGCCUUGA